ACAACUUUUCGUAAACAUUGCAAAACAUGUUUAAUAAUAUUUUUUACUUCAUUAUUUUAUAAAUAUUUUAGUUGUUUGCAGUUUGAUUUAAAUGAAAGAGUAUUAAGAAAAUAAUUGAAUUUUCAAUAUGGCGGAUGAAACGGCUGUGUUACUUAACAUUGGGGAUAUGAUUGAUCUCGCGAUAGGUUCGCCGGAGGUAGGCGUUGUAGACUUUGGCAUGGUGCAUACGGUGCUACACUGUCUCGCACAGCAACUGCGAGUUACUGGAAAGAAUGUAGAGCUGAGAGGAAAUGCUGGCGGGCUACCCAUCGGAAGGACUAAGGCGCAUACUGUUACAAUCAGCGAAUUCAUUAUUGAUACACAAGAAAAGGAUCCAGCAGCGAAAAUGGCAAAGAAAACGGAACUACCCCCUGCUCAAAUCCCUGCUAACGAUCAAGAAACAAUAUUAGUAGUUGAGAGAAAAAUGUUGAUAGAAGCACCAGGGUCUGGACCACAACGCACUCGGACUUCUCCUCCAAUUGCCAACGAGGCAUCACCAUUACAAGCGAUCGAUUCCACGGAGAAAUUGUCCCUCGUCACGAUCAGUAAAUUUAAUACCCUCGAAAACACAGUUGAAGAUUUAAAGAAUCGUGUGUAUGGGAGUAUACCGAAAAACGAAGAUAUAUUGGAAGAAGUGAGGUCACAAACUAAUCUCAAAGCUAUCACUGAUAUGUGGACUUCCUUAAACGUAUCUUCUCGAUUAGAAGCAACGGAAGCUGGCCUCGCGAAGUUAAGCUCAUUAGUACAAGAUAUCAUAACAGAAACGACGGGCUUGCAAGAUGAAUUAAAAAGUAGACCUUCUAUAGCUCCUUCAGCGCUGCAUCGUCCGUCAACAGCUCCGGCUCUAACUCCAGCUCCAUCAGCAGUUCCAUCAAAUGUCCCGUCAUCAAUCACCCCACAACCUCAAAAUAUGACUUUUGACGGCGACAUCUCAAGCAAAAAGGAAAUAUCAACUGUGCAAGCACAGAUAGAUCGGCUACGGGGUGAUCUGGACAACUUGACGAACACUUUAUAUACCGCUGUUGGUGACCAAAUCACUGGAUUGGUACCACCACCAAAAUCGCAAGCAGUGUCACAAUUAGAAGCACCAUCACCGCAAACUCAAGUACCACCACCACAAUUGCAAGCAUUGUCACCACUAUUGCAAUCAUCAGACGCAGCAAGCAAGCCUCCGAUGUCUUCAGAUCGGCGACCAUCAGAAUAUCCUAAGCAUGCUUCUCCAAUGUCAAACGCCCUGAUCGCUGAACUUAUUGAAAGAAUAAAUGAUUUAGAAAAACGUCUUAACAAAUGUUGUGAAAGCAUCGGUAAAAAUGAUGGUGUGAUACAAGAUCAGGUAAAUUCGUUACAAGAUCAACUGGAGUAUUUAUCAAAACAAGUGGCAUCAUUAACAGAAAUUGUGUCUGCUGGUAAACUGUCUCCGGAUCUUACAAAGAAUUUACAAGGUGUAUUGACACUUUUCCAAACGGUUCAAGAAUUGCAAGAACAGUUGAAACAGGUGCACGACACGGCACUUCAACUGGCGACUGAAAAGGAAGAUCGACAGUACCACAUGAAUGUUCUGUUGGAACAGAUAGAAUUGUUGAAAACAAUAAAACUUGACCGCGAAGACAUGGUUGAAGCGAUGGCUGAUAAGGCAGAUUUGCGAAUGUUAGCGCGUAAAGUGUCCCAUGACCAAUUCGAACUAGCCUGUGACGACUUCUCACGGGGUCUAGAACAUGCGCUUGGAAAACUUAACAUGCAAGAGGCAUUAUGGCAACAAGCUCUAGACGACAUUCAAAGAGAGAUAGAAAUGAAACUCGACAAGAUGGAAUUGUCUCCGGUAAAAGAUUUCUUCAACAACAAAUUACGCCAACUGCAGGAUAACCUCAAGCAAAUGGCUUCAUUGCGACGUGAAGUUGAAGCAGCUGGGACAAAACGUCGCCUACUUAGGGAUGUUAACUGCAUAUCCUGUGAUGCCAAUGCAGUUAUGCCUACGGAACCGCCUACGACUGUCCCCGUCUUAAGGCCACUGCAAGCUAAUAUUUCUAUGAAACCAUAUCUCAGCUAUGAAUUAGAUGCAAUACGUAAGACGCAAGCAACAAACGUACCGCAGCGAAAUCUACAUGACUGGGAGAACAUCGACAAGCAGAUGUCUCAACAGAAAGCGCCACAAAAAAUUAGGUCGGAUACGGGAAAACACAUAUGUAACCGAUACUGCGGUGGCUCACACACUGUAACAACGGCUAUGCAACGAGUCGCACGUCUUGGACACUUCAUGAAGCAGUGGGGACCAGACGUCGUGCCGCUGUCCUCGGCACUCGCUGCCGGUGAUGAUGGCAGGAUGUAUAAAGUAAGCACAGUCGAGGGAGCAAAUGUUGGCUCUGGUGGCGUGAUUGACACUUCAUGCACAUCAAAGCCUAAAAAGAUCGACCAACCGAAAACACCGCAGAGGCCUAUAACUGCACACCAGCAUCAGCAGCAUGAGUGUCACUGUAUGGAUGGAGAUUAAUAUUUUUCGAAUGUUUUUCUUAUGUAAAUUAAAAAAAAAACUAAGUUUUUAUAACUAAGUCAAAAUAAAAAUUCAAAAUAU